AUGGUCAAGGACGACAAGGAUGUCAUUGCCGAGUUCAACGAGUACGUCAACAUGACGGCUUCGGAGCUGGAGAAGUGGCUCAAGUCCGAGGAAUCCAGCGAGGCUGGCUGGCGCAAAGACGGCGGCGACGGCAAGUCGGUCGGCCAAGAAUCGGGCGAGAAGAUCAUUGAGAUCCUGAAGGCCAACCCGAAGAAGGACCCUGAGAAGUACACCGAGGAUCAGAUACAGCACAUGCGAAAGGUCGCCUCGUACUGUAAGCGCCACCUGGCCCAGGAGUCGGCAAGCCUCGAGGAAAAAGACCCGGAGGAUGCGAAGAAGACCAAGUCUUAUAUCAGCCUGAAGAACUGGGGCCAUGAUCCGCUCAAAGGACAGGGCGGAAAUAAGGCUUCCGGCAAGAACGGGAGCAAGUCCAGCUCCAAGGAAAAAGUCGAGGAUGACGAACAAGAGGAUCAAGACCAAAAAGGAGAAGAGGGCGAAGAAGGGAAUGGUGAGGAGGCAGAGGAGGAUGAGAAGAAGGCUGGCGAUAAGCGGAAGAAGUCUGGUCAGCAAAAUGGGUCCAACAAGAAGAGGGAGACCCGGCAGGGAGCUUCAUCGAAGAAGAACGGCGAGGAUGGAGCGGAUCAGGACGAAGAGGACGCCGAAGAGGAUGGCGAAAAUGGUGAACAGGAAGGGGAAGACGGGGGCGACGAGUCUGGUGGGAAGAAGCCCUCUAAGAACGGACCCAAAAAGGGUGAGACGGUGAGCUGGAACUGGGGCAGUGGCAAUCCCGAGGGCAAGGUGCUUGAUGUGAAGGAAGAUGAAGCAACCAUCACAACCAAGCGAGGCAACGAGGUUACUCGGAAGGGGGACGCCGAAGAUCCAGCUGUGAUCCUCGACACUGGAAAGUCUAAGGCUAUCAAGUCAGCUCACGAGUUGAACUGA